CGGUGCGGGUGCUCGGCAGGCGCGCUCCUGCUCCAGAGUUGGAAAAGGAGGUCGGGGGAGCUGCACGUCACGGGGCCGAGGAAUAUCGGGGAAUCAGCUGGUGACUGAGAGCGGAGCCGUGCAUCGCUGAGGACUCCAUCUCUCCGCAGGACCAGGAUGACCGAGAUAAGGCAGAGGCUGGCCCGGGAGGCGGAGGAGGAGAAGGAAAUCGAACCGGAUACCAAACUUGAUGGAGAGACGGCAUCUGACAGCGACAGUAAAACUGACCCUGCCAGUACUCAACAAGGCACACCAACUGAUGAUACUCCAGAGGUCCUCAACAGAGCUUUAUCAAGCUUGUCAUCCAGAUGGAAGAAUUGGUGGAUCAGAGGCAUCUUGACAUUAGCCAUGAUUAGCUUUUUCUUCAUCAUCAUCUACUUAGGACCAAUCGUGCUCAUGAUGAUUGUGAUGUGUGUUCAGAUUAAAUGUUUCCAGGAGAUCAUUAUGAUUGGAUACAAUGUGUACCAUUCCUAUGACUUGCCUUGGUUCCGGACACUUAGCUGGUAUUUCCUGCUUUGUGUCAACUAUUUCUUCUAUGGAGAGACCGUUACAGACUAUUUCUUCACUCUAGUACAGAACGAGGAGCCACUUAGGAUCCUUAGCAAAUACCAUCGAUUCAUCUCCUUUGCCUUGUACCUCUUGGGGUUCUGCAUGUUUGUUCUGAGCCUGGUGAAGAAGCACUAUCGUCUCCAGUUUUAUAUGUUUGGCUGGACACAUGUCACUCUGCUGAUUGUUGUCACCCAGUCUCAUCUAAUCAUACACAAUCUGUUUGAGGGCAUGAUCUGGUUCAUUGUGCCCAUCUCCUGCGUGAUCUGCAAUGAUAUCAUGGCCUAUAUGUUUGGCUUCUUCUUUGGUCGGACCCCACUCAUCAAGCUGUCGCCCAAGAAGACGUGGGAAGGCUUUAUUGGAGGCUUCUUCUCUACAGUUGUGUUUGGAAUAAUACUUUCUUACUUCAUGGCUGGAUACAGCUACUUCGUGUGCCCUGUGGAGUAUAACAGCGACACCAACAGAUUUGCAGUGGACUGCGUGCCACCAGAUCUCUUUCAGUUGCAGGAAUAUCACAUCCCUGCGGUGAUUCAGUCUUUCAUUGGCUGGAAAACUGUCUGGAUGUAUCCUUUCCAAAUCCAUAGCAUCGCUCUUUCUACGUUUGCCUCACUCAUUGGGCCUUUCGGAGGAUUCUUCGCCAGUGGAUUCAAGAGAGCGUUCAAGAUCAAAGAUUUUGCCAACACCAUUCCAGGCCAUGGCGGUAUCAUGGACAGAUUUGACUGUCAAUACUUGAUGGCUACGUUUGUGAAUGUGUACAUUGCCAGCUUUAUCAGGGGGCCCAACCCAAGCAAACUAAUUCAGCAGUUUUUAACAUUGCGUCCUGACCAACAAAUUCACAUUUUCAACACACUGAAGUCCCACCUAACGGAGAGGGGGGUGCUGGGAAAUGGCGAGGGUGUUUAAAGCAGCUGUACAUCCCAUCUGGGCGGCACCUCCACCCAGCGCAUGUGGGUUCACUGUACAGUAACGCUGUUCCAGCCCUUCUUGGAGAGGACUCAUUAACCCCUUUGCUGCUGGAGAUGUUUCCAGAGGUCGUUUUUCUGUGUUUUUUCCCCCCCCACAAGCCUUGUGUUUACAUAUACUUUCUGAAGACAGAGCCUGAGGGCCAUAUUUAUAGAGGUGGUAAAUAUGGGGUGCACUGCAUUCCAGCCUCCCACACACAUACACUAUGGAGUGAGGGACAUUUCUGAAAGUGUAUAAGGUAUUUCUUUAUGCCAUAUUUAGACCAUUUAAUGAGCCAUUCUUGGAUUUUUAUUAAGCAUAUCUUUUUAUCAUUUUACAGAAUUAUUUAGGUCUGUACAUUUCAGUGUUAAAUGGUGGAUAUGGUAUGGUGUGUACUGGGACACGUUUUUAUUCUGCUGAGUUUUUUUAAUUCGGAGGAUAAGUGGUGCAGCAUAGGAACUGGUGAUGAGGUUUUCGACCACUAGAUGUCAGUAUAUAUAUCAAAAUAUCAAUAAUAUAAUGGCGUUCAAUACAAGACAGAAAAUAUAUAUUAUUGGCGAGGUGGCUCAACACCCUAUUACCCACAUUUUGCUUUGCUGUGCUUAGAUCCCUGUAAGGGUAGGCAGCAUUUAGGAUCGAUUGAACCCUUUAUACGUUCAUCAAUGUAGGUGUGUAACUGAAGGCAGCAGACACGGGGUACAGUGAAAGCAGCCAUGUACAUUUAGGCCCAUUGCACACAGGGCCAUCUAGCUGUGGUGCCUCCCUCCUGGGGCUUUAAUGUGUCCGGAAGGGACAGGUGCAGCAUCCACAAGCCUGACAAAGUAUAUGGCUGCUGUACCGAGUGGUACUGGGCUUUUAAGGGUUUGUGCACUUAAGGGUGAAGUUCCAGAACAAAGGUCUUCUGCAUUCCAGAACUUUGUCCCUGAGCGCACAGAACCCUUAAUGCUGGUACCACUCGGUACAGUGUUCAGCCCUGUCCAGCUGUAGCCUGCCAUAGACUUUGAUAGGCUAUUAGUAGCAGGGCUGGACACUGCACCUGGUUCUCCUAGGCGGGCUAGAUGGCCCCAUGUGAAAGGGCAUUACCUAUGCAACAUACGUUUUCAUGAAAAUUCUAUCCAUGAAAUCCUGAUAUCGCCUGACUAGAAAGGCCAUUAGAAUAAAUCCAUAUAUACUGUACAUCUAAACUUGUGUUAUGUUCCUUAGACUUUACCUUGGCUGAGUUUUUGGGUUGCACAUUAGUCUUUCGGCAGGUACACGGCCAGCUUUGUUUAAUAUACAUUUACAAUGGUGUACAAGUCCUGAAGUGACAAUAGACACAAGGAGAUUGCAGCGCACAAAACCUAGAGGGCCACAGGACCUCCAGCAAUAGGAAUAUAGCGGUUGUUUUCUAGGAUUGGCGCUAGUUAGGUCACACGUGUUCAAUGUCCUUGAAAACCUCUUUCCAUGUCUCCACUUUCAGAAAUGUCUCUCUAUAUGGGUCACGGUUAAGGCAUGUUUACAUACUCAGUUUUUACUAGCCUUUUAUUUGUCCGACACAAAUAACAUAGAUCCUAAGUUAUGACCAUAAACUUCACAUUUUAGUGUCUCUAUCAUGUUAUAUACAGUAAGUGUUGCAUCAGGUUUAAAUUAUUUUAUUAUUGUUAAUGCUUUGCUGUGAAGGACUGGGUAUUACAGCAAUUUUGAACUUUUUAUUUUUAUUUUUUAAGGGAUUUGAAAUGAUCCUCUAACUUUUUGUUUAGUAAAUUUGAAUUCCAGGUAUAGUUGGCAUAGUUGGAUUGGUUCAGCUUGAAACAAUGCAUAUGCCAUACCCUUAGGGACUGCUCUGGAAGUGGAGUAUCACUGUAGUAGUCGCUGAUACUACAGCGUUCACCACUGUCUUCUUGGUCAUGUGCUAACUGGCUGCACUGCUGCAUAGUGAACUCGGGGGGGGGGGGGGGGCAAGGAUUUGGCAUCCUGCUUGGAGGAAAUACAGUCCUGGAUGGGAGCCAAUUAUUUAAAACGUAAUGGCUCAAAAAUGGAAUGUAUUAUCAUUAGUAAUCAGAGCAAAACCAGUUUGGCUUUCCUUCUUGGCCGGCUUCGUUUAUGCCAUCCCCGACCCCGACUACCCAGGUUCGGGACUUGGGAAUCAUUUUGGAUUCCAAAUUGUCAUUGAAGGCGCAGGUAAAUCAGAUGGUAAGCGCAUGUUACUACCAGCUGAAACUACUGCGUUCUACAUUGCAUUUCAUUGACGAGGUGGACAAAGUCCACGUGAUCAAUGCUUUUAUUGGCAGUCGGCUGGACUAUUGUAACGCGUUAUACAUGGGGUGUCCAAAAACUCUUCUGCAUAAGCUUCAGCUGAUCCAAAAUGCCGCAGCUAGGUUAUUAACGGGUGUGGGUCAUCGGGACCAAAUUACACCAUCUCUGAAAGCCCUACAUUGGCUACCGGUUGCUGUACGUUUUUUUUUCAAAGUGGGUUGCAUCGUCCACAAAGCUAUCCAUAAGAUAGGCCCAGGGUAUCUGCAAGAAAAAUGUAACUGGUACGUUCCCAACACUGAGAUCUGCUGAUCAGGCUAAUUUGAUUGUCCCUAAAUUUAGAAGAACUAAAUGUGGAGGGAGGACGCUGGAUGCACAAGGUUCAAUAUUCUGGAAUUCUCUACCUCUAUACAUAAGACGUGAGAAGGAUUUAUUAAAAUUUAAAUUUUUUAAAAACUUUUUUAUUUUCUCAAGUUUCCUAAUUAGGGUAAGAUAUUAGCAUUUUUUAGCUCUUUUAAAUGUUUAUCUGGUGUUUUAUGUUGUUUAUCACGCAGUAAUGAUGAGAUUUUUUUUGUACAUGUAUAUGUUGGUCUUUGAGCGCAUCGAGGCCUUCGGGUAAUGACUGCGCUACAAAUAAGCAUUUUAAUAAAUAAAUUAGGGGUCGCUUGCUCAGCAUUGGAACCAUUUAUAGAAUACUUUUGGAUUUUUCUCAAUGAAAGCAAAGCGUUCCAUGAUUGGAUGCGGUGGAGAUUGAGGUCACUGCACCCCUCCACCUCAUCCAAUCAAAGAAUGCUUUGCAUUCAUUGAGAGAAAAAUGCAAGGGGAUCUGUGAAUGCACAUGACCCAGAUGACGGGGGGGCGAUCCGCUUUUACAGUGGCCUCACCGCCAUGGCAUAUGCAUACUUACAUUGGUUCAUGCUGGACCAACCCAACUAUGCAAAGAAAUCCAUACCUGGAAUCCAGCUUUUACUGAAGAGGUUUCAAUAGUUUGUGUCACGGCCCUAUAUGUAAUCGGCAAGCACAUCAUAUACAGCAACAAGUACACAGUGUACAGAGUCCUCCUUCAUUCACUUGUUUUCACAUCCCCAUAGUUGGUCAUUAUCUUUCCUCUUAUGUGUAAAAAGAAAUGUGUUUUAUUUAUCUUGUGUUCCUUAAACUUGUUCCAUUCUGUAAUUUCUCCUAUGAGUUUUCUGUAUUUAGCACAAUUAUUUUUUCUUUUCUUUUUUUAGAGAAGUGUAAACCCAUUUUGACAAUUUUUUUUCCAUUGUUUUGUGAAUGUAUAUUGUGUUUUUUUAGCUGUUACUCUUCACUGGUGUUUUACAGACUGCAGGCCUGCAGAUUAAUUGUUGGAUCCUGUAGUCACCCAACCAGUCAUUGUUCAUGAUUUAUGUGUAUAAAAUGUGAACUUUUUUCAUAUAUAAAGCUAGUUCUCUUUGGAAGGGCCAGCCAAUCCAAACCACGCAAUGGUUCACACAAUAACACUGGCUGGUCUGUUUUUUCUGCAGGUUAUGCAUUGUGCAAGUUAUAUUUCUUACACAUUGCUGCCUUCCUGUUUAUUAAUCCCAUAGAGAAGUUACCAUCAUCACCCCCUUGUAUGCCUUUUUUUAGCUAGCCUAAAAAGAUUCUUGCAGAACAGGCUGCAGACAUUGAAUAUCAAAUAUGUACAGGAUUGGGUGCUUUUAUAGAACUGUUUCUGAAUAUUGUUUGCUACUAUUUUAUCUGUGUAUAGUUUACUGCUCCUUAAAUUAUAUACAGUAUUUGCAGCUAAGAGAUAUUUUUAAUUAAAUAACUUUUUAUUAAAUUCUCCUGACAUGUAAAAAUGGUGAUGACCACAGUUGUACCAUAGGCUCCGGGCCAUAAAGGCCUGUGACCUAUUUCAUUGUAAUAAAUAACACAUCUUUACUUGAGAUGUCUCUGGCCUACUGGGAGACUUUUGGGCGUGUUCGGAUCGUGCCCCCCAGGAAGCCGUCACUAUUAGUAGCCAUUUUCAUAAGAUUGCCACUGCAACAGGUGCUCUACCAGUGAACACUGGAGAUAUUCAUCAGCAUAUGUAGUAUAGUCAUUUGCUGCAUCCAUUGUUUUUUUUAUUUGGUGGAUUAUUGAAUUUACUAUCUGGCAUGCAGUCAGGAUUAAUUAUUAGACCAAAGCAAUGCACUAAAUUUUAAGCAGAGGUUGGCUACCCAUUUUAAAUAAGCGUUUUAAAGUUCCUCUUACAAAUAUGGUAAAGCCCAACUCCAGGCAGCGCCCACACUGCAAACAUUAAUGGCUCAUCUUGUCCAGGGGAGAGGAA